AAUACAAGAAUCAUUCUAGAUUGCAGCGACACGAGACAUUAAAACAUGCAUCAUAUAAUCUAUUACCAAAUCACAUUCAACAAAUAGCCGAAUCAGAACUCAAUCAUUUAAGAAAUGCUAUAAUUAAAGAAUUGCAAAAAAAACUCAAAAAUCAUUACCGUGCUGUUGGGGAACAAGUGUUUUCAAUGCAUUGUAGUGAAAAUGCUUUUGUGGGUAUAUUUGGACCUUAUAUUACACGCUAUUCACUAUGUGGUUCCUUUUAUCGUUGUAAUUUUGGAGGAGAAGAUGCUGUUGAAACAAUUGGGUUAAUAUUUAACAAUGAUCAAUGGUAUAAAUGCGACUAUGGCAAUGGUCAAUGUAGUUUUGUUCGACUUUAUUCUACAGAAAAACAAAAUAUAUUAGAGACAAACAACAAAUUACAACAGCAAAAAAAAAAAAUAAAAUUAUCUCCCAAUGGAGAAAUGACUGUAGAAUGGCGAGUAAUUGGAUUUAAAGAUAAGGCGAAUCAGGUACAUAAAGCAGGAACACUUAAAAUUCAUUUUUUUUUAGAUCAAUAUCAAUUUUGA